UGCUCACUCUCUGUUGAUAUUUAUGCCAAACCACAGUGGUUUGGGCUUCAUUGUUUGAUGCUUUGUGGCUAACCAUGGUUCAGUCUGUCAUUUUUUUUCUUUUCAUGCACAUGACAGUGGCUGUUUCAGCAAGGCAGUUUCUCAGGAACAGGCCUGGUUGUUACCAGCCAGUGCCCAGAAAACCUAAUUUUGGGGUUAAAACUACAGCUCGUCCUCAUGAAAUUCUGAACCUUGUUCAGCUGCCAAAGUCCUGGGACUGGAGGAAUGUAAAUGGCGUUAACUAUGCUAGUCCAACUCGUAACCAGCACAUCCCUCAGUUCUGCGGUUCCUGCUGGGCUCACGGCAGCACCAGUGCAAUGGCAGACCGUAUCAAUAUCAAACGGAAAGGAGCGUGGCCAUCUGCUUACAUUUCUGUCCAGCACGUGCUCGACUGUGCAGACUCUGGCACCUGUCAUGGAGGGCAACAUGGAGGGGUGUGGCAGUAUGCCCACACUCAUGGCAUCCCUGAUGAGACCUGCAACAACUACCAGGCAAUUGACCAGGGAUGUGACCUGUUCAAUAGAUGUGGGACUUGCUCAACUUUCGGGUCAUGCAACACUCUGCAGAACUACACUUUGUGGAAAGUAGGUGACUAUGGAGCCGUUAGUGGACGGGAUAACAUGAUGGCAGAAAUCUACACUGGCGGGCCAAUCAGUUGUGGAAUCAUGGCCACAGAGAAACUUGACGCAUACACAGGGGGCCUGUACUACGAAUAUGUAGAGACUCCUGACAUCAACCACAUUGUGUCAGUAGCUGGCUGGACAGUAGAAAAUGGCACUGAAUACUGGAUUGUGCGUAACUCCUGGGGUGAACCAUGGGGUGAGAAGGGUUGGCUCAGGAUUGUGACAAGUGCCUACAAAGGAGGAAGUGGGAGCAAGUACAAUCUUGCUUUGGAGGAAGACUGCAUGUAUGGAGAUGUGAUUGUACCCUCAACCUACCUAUAGACACUUAAGACCAUGACUAAUUGCAAUGGGCACUUAAUCUUCAUCUUAAUCUGAUUCCUGAAUAAAAAAAACUCCCUAUUUUAAA